CCCAGCCUGGCCCAUGGGACUCUGCAGCAAUACCUGUCACUGGCCCUUUAAGGCGCACCCCCUCCACCAGCCAAUCAGGAUCCUGGCUUCUCCCGCAGCACUGCCCGCAAGCGGUCACGGGAGUUGUAGUCCUGUGAGCCGCUUCCUGUCGGAGUCUGAGCGAUGGCGGACUACAUGUCCCGUGAUACACUGCGCGCUGGCUCGCAGACAUGGCGGGGAGAUGGCGAGGAGCGGUGCUGUUGGCCCGCAGGCUGGGGAGCCUUUACCAGCGGCCGGCGGCUCCGGCCAGAGCGAUGGCCUCCUGCAUAGACGGUACGGCCCACCGGCCUUCACUGAGGGCAAGCCAGGAGGCCGCCAUCUUGGAAAAGGUCAAGAGUCACGUGACGUGUGUGGGUCCUUAAAGGGACAGUAUGGGCCCCCGGAGCACUGCAUUAAAGGGACAGUAUGGGCCCCAGAGCACUGCAUUAAAGGGACAGUAUGGGCCCCAGAGCACUGCAUUAAAGGGACAGUAUGGGCCCCCGGAGCACUGCAUUAAAGGGACAGUAUGGGCCCCAGAGCACUGCAUUAAAGGGACAGUAUGGGCCCCCAGAGCACUGCAUUAAAGGGACAGUAUGGGCCCCAGAGCACUGCAUUAAAGGGACAGUAUGGGCCCCCGGAGCACUGCAUUAAAGGGACAGUAUGGGCCCCAGAGCACUGCAUUAAAGGGACAGUAUGGGCCCCAGAGCACUGCAUUAAAGGGACAGUAUGGGCCCCCGGAGCACUGCAUUAAAGGGACAGUAUGGGCCCCAGAGCACUGCAUUAAAGGGACAGUAUGGGCCCCAGAGCACUGCAUUAAAGGGACAGUAUGGGCCCCCGGAACACUGCAUUAAAGGGACAGUAUGGGCCCCAGAGCACUGCAUUAAAGGGACAGUAUGGGCCCCCAGAGCACUGCAUUAAAGGGACAGUAUGGGCCCCAGAGCACUGCAUUAAAGGGACAGUAUGGGCCCCCGGAGCACUGCAUUAAAGGGACAGUAUGGGCCCCAGAGCACUGCAUUAAAGGGACAGUAUGGGCCCCAGAGCACUGCAUUAAAGGGACAGUAUGGGCCCCCAGAGCACUGCAUUAAAGGGACAGUAUGGCCCCCCCUCAAAUUGCAUUAGCGGGACAGUAUGGGCCCCAGAGCACUGCAGGUGGUAAUAAAGGGACAGUAUGGGCCCCAGAGCACUGCACAAAGGGACAGUAUGGGCCCCCAGAGCACUGCAUUAAAGGGACAGUAUGCCCCCGAGCACCGCGACAGCGGGACAGUAUGGGCCCUCCAGAGCACUGCAUUAAAGGGAUGCAUGGGCCCCAGAGCACUGUACUAGAUAAGGGCCCCAGAGCACUGCAUUAAGGGACAGUAUGGGCCCCAGAGCACUGCAUUAAAGGGACAGUAUAUGGGCCCCAGAGCACUGCAUUAAAGGGACAGUAUGCCCCCGGAGCACCGCAUUAAAGGGACAGUAUGGGCCCUCCAGAGCACUGCAUUAAAGGGACAGUAUGGGCCCCCCGGAGCACUGCAUUAAAGGGACAGUAUGGACCCCCCCCCGGAGCACUGCAUUAAAGGGACAUUAUGGGGCCCCCAGAGCACUGCAUUAAAGGGACAGUAUGGGCCCCCAGAGCACCGCAUUAAAGGGACAGUAUGGGCCCCCAGAGCACCGCAUUAAAGGGACAGUAUGGGCUCCCAGAGCACUGCAUUAAAGGGACAGUAUGGCCCCCAGAGCACUGCAUUAAAGGGACAGUAUGGGCCCCCAGAGCACUGCAUUAAAGGGACAGUAUGGGCCCCCAGAGCACUGCAUUGAAGAGACAGUAUGGGCCCCCCAGAGGCCUGCAUUAAAGGCCCACUAUUCAUCAUCCGCAGGUAACUGCCCACAUUAACAGGGCAAUUCAGGAAAGUGACAAUUCAAAUUUAAAGGAAAUACACGCAUGUGUAUACCUGAUACUACCGUGUUUCCCUGAAAAUAAGAAGGCUUAUUUCCGGGGGAUGCUCGUAAUAUACGCCCAACCAUGGAAAUAAACCCUAGUCGCUAGUUUACUAAUCUCUGUAGAUUCGCAGGGAUUCCAUGUCCUAGGGAACUGGCCCAUGUUCGGGGGAAUUCCCUGAACGUAGACCUGUUUUCUAACACAUUCUUGCUACAGUUUUUCCCCGAAACAAGACAACCCCUGAAAACAAGCCCUAGUACGUUUUUCGGGGCGGGAAAUUAUUAUAAGACCUGGAUUUAUUUUCCAGUAAAGAUUGUAUAAAACUAGGAAUUCAAAUCUGUAUUCCUAGCACUAUAGUUCCCACACGCCCGAAAGCCAAUCCAAUGCUGGAGGCUAUUGCGUAUGUGCAACAAAACGCUGUGCCAGUUAGUAUCUCUUGAUAGAGAUGCAUUGAAUCAGUGCAUCUCUAUGGGGAGCAUUCGGAGUGUGAAGAUGUUAAGUGACUACCACUAGAGGUGUCCCUCGGCAAUAAUCUAAGCACUGCCUCUGAAAAGACAGUGUUUACAUUAAAAGGCUUGCAGGGGCAUACUAUACACACCAUAACAACUAUGUUAAGUUCUGGUGACUAAAGUGUCCCUUAAAGGCCUGAGACAACAAAUUGAAAGCAUAGCUAACGUAGAGAAGUUCAGCUAUUUUCACCUGUUAUUUGAAAUUCACUCUGAAUUCUCACUUUAGUGGAUAACCCUGUAAGGUAUUGAAACCUGUAAGACUGGGUAGGGUAAUUAAAGAAGCCCUGUUACUUCUCAGAUCAUGACCUGCCAUCUUAUUCUCUCAACCAAGUAAAUGCUCUUUUGAAAUGUUUACUGAUGUGAAUAAUGUUAGGGAGUUAAGUUAAAAAAAAACGCCCCCCGCCCUAAUCUCUGCUGUAAGUCGUGUUCAGAGUGACCUGCCCUUGGGCCUUCCUGGAGAAAUUCUACACAAUCACAUGGAGCCGUAAAUUUAACGCAUGGCCCAUAGCUCCGCAAAUUGCAAAACAUAAUCCAGUUCACUAAACAAUGAUCCAGACUGUGUAUUAAGUGAUUGCAUCUCCAUCUUUUUAAUACAGGUCCAAUUAUCAUAUGUACACAAGAAUGGUUCACUAUAUGCUCCCAAAAUACAAAUAGACCCUCUAAGGAAAAGUGUUCCCUAUCAAGACACUUUAAAUAAUUGGAGGCAAAGAAAGAAACCAAAAGGGUACUAAAUAAAAUAAAUAUAUAAAGUCUGUAUAUAACCAAACACCAAAUAGGUGAAUAAUAGAAAUAUUAUAGAAAUAUUAUACAACCUGAGACAACAAUGCAAUGUUAUCUGUAAAAUAAAUUAAUAAUUUAUGGUGUAGUAUGUAAAAUGUAGAUAUCAGGGUGAAGGUGGUAGAGAACUCACUAGAUGGAUAUGAAUUCAGACAUUUCUCCCAUACAUAGGGUCAGGAAAGUUAAUGGAUUCUUCUUCAGAUAAGAUCUUCUUAAUGGCUCAGAUUAACAGAAAAAAAGAGAAAUAUAAAAUAAAAAUAAUAAUAAUGGAAUGUAAAAAAAUAAACAUCAAUGAUGGAUUAAGUUUAUAUGAUUAAAGAAAACCAUGUUUAUGGAAUGUUUGGAAUAUAUACCGAAUACAUAAAUUAUAUAAAAAUAUGGCUGAAGACAAAUAGAAUUGGGUUAAUGGAUAAAAAAAGAAAGAAAUAUGAAAGAAAUAUGAGAAAAUGAAAUAUGGAAAAAAUAAAGGUUAUAAAAAUAAUAAUACUAAUAAUAAAUAAAUAAUAAAUAUAUAGUCAGACAUAAUAAAUGAAAAUGAAAUUAAUUUUUAUUUAUUAUUUCUGACUAUAUAUUUAUUAUUUAUUUUUUAUUAGUAGUAUUAUUUUUAUAACCUUUAUUUUUUUAAUGUAUUGGGGUUUUUGUUGCAUUAUAUUUAUGGUAUUAUUUCUAUAACGCAUUACAAUAUAUGAAGUCAUUUUUGACAUUCCCUGUAAGAAACAUUAGUCUAGACGCCAUCACAAUUAAAUAUUAAUUUAAUAUAAAAUAGGGAUCCGUUGCCACUAAAUCUUAUUGUGAAAACAGGACACUCACACACCUACAUCUAAUUAUUGAUAGGAGUGGGUUGUCAUUUUAUUUAUUUAUUUAUAUAUUUUUUGAAUCUUGUAUUUUGUUUAUACAUGUGUUUUAUAUUUAUUAUUUUUGUUUAAUGAAUACCAAUUCUUCCACAUCUACAAUACUAUCUCUUCUUAUAUUUGACAUUUUCCCAUAAAUCAAUCGUUCUAAAGCAGAUAAGUAAAACACUCUGCAAAAUUACAGCAGCUCAUAGAAAUUUAAGCAUUAAUAAAGUAGAUGGUUUAAGGGUAACAUCCGACUCUGUGAUGUCAAGCUGUGGGAAGACCAGAAUUGUCUGGGAUAUAAACAGCAGUGUUUUCAUGUAAAAUAAUGUUACAAUGCUCUUAGUGAUUCAAUGGUUUCUUAAAAUUGAACAAAAUGUGUGUAGACUUUGCCACCUGCACCGUGCAUUGUUAUAUAGAAAAGGGUCGAAAUCGGAAACCUGAUGCUACGUUAUCAAAUGGAACUAUCACUGUAAAUAUGUGUCACAAACUACUCAAUACUUUUUCUCUUCCUGUUGCUCUCUGAUUUGCAGCUUCUAUUGGGCUGAAUGAAGAACAGAAGGAGUUUCAGAAAGUAGCGUUUGAUUUUGCGUCCCGAGAGAUGGCACCUCAUAUGGCGGAGUGGGAUGAGAAGGUGAGGACCUUCGAGAAUUGACCAUGGUAGCUGACCAUAGAGAAUUGACCAUGGUAGCUGACCAUAGAGAAUUGACCAUGGUAGCUGACCAUAGAGAAUUGGCCAUGGGAGCUGACCAUAGAGAAUUGGCCAUGGGAGCUGACCAUAGAGAAUUGGCCAUGGGAGCUGACCAUAGAGAAUUGGCCAUGGUAGCUGACCAUAGAGAAUUGACCAUGGUAGCUGAUCAUAGAGUAUUGGCCAUGGUAGCUGAUUAUAGAGUAUUGGCCAUGGUCGCUGACCAUAGAGAAUUGGCCAUGGUCGCUGACCAUAGAGAAUUGGCCAUGGUCGCUGACCAUAGAGAAUUGGCCAUGGUAGCUGACCAUAGAGAAUUGGCCAUGGUAGCUGACCAUAGAGAAUUGGCCAUGGUAGCUGACCAUAGAGAAUUGGCCAUGGUAGCUGACCAUAGAGUAUUGACCAUGGUAGCUGACCAUAGAGUAUUGGCCAUGGUAGCUGACCAUAGAGAACUGACCAUGGUAGUUGACCAUGGUAGCCGGAUAAAGUUACAGUAACCACAUAUAAGACUUUGCUCAAAGCUUGAAAUAAUAAUCUAUGCUUAGGUGAGAACUCUAAAUACAGGACAAUGCUGUAAAUUUGAGUAGAAUGGCCCUUGAAGCUAUUCCACAAUGCAGUGCUUUAUCCAUGUGUCUGAUUUCUUCUUCUGCAGGAAAUAUUCCCGGUGGAGACCAUGCGGAAGGCGGCACAGCUUGGAUUUGGGGGUAUUUACAUACAGCCGGAUGUUGGGGGAGCGGGACUCUCCAGACUUGACACCUCCAUCAUUUUUGAGGCUCUGUCCACGGGAUGUGUGAGCACGACAGCCUACAUGAGCAUUCACAAGUACGGACGAUCCAGCACAGAGUCUCAAUUACUUCCCUUCAAAGUCGUUGUUUGAUCUUAAAACCAAUACAUUGUCUUUCAAGGAGAAGCUCUGAAAACUUUUUGUUUUGUUUGUUUUUUACCCACAGCAUGUGUGUAUGGAUGAUUGAUACAUUUGGUAAUGAUGACCAAAGGCAUACGUUCUGUCCUCCACUCUGUAGCAUGGACAAGUUUGCGUCGUAUUGUCUAACAGAACCAGGUGAGUGAUGAUCCUACACUAAGGUAAACAACUGAUUAUUGAGCAGCCAUAAAGACUGAAUAGGGUUAUAUUUAUGGAUUGAGAGGAUUUUGGCUACAUAUGUAAAAGAAAGAAAAAAAGGUGUAUUGCUGAUUGGAUGUCUUUCCAGUGCCAGCUGGCCUAUCCACCAAGGGAUGGGGAGUUGCUCUCUGAUCGCUGUAUGGAUGAAAUUGCGAUAUGUGCUUUUCAUUGCUACACCAACCAACCUUUCCUUAAAGUGAUACUCUAACCACCAAAACAUCUUUGCUUAAAGGGACACUCUAGCCACUUCAGCUCAUUGAAGUGGUCUGGGUGCAAUGUCUCAUGACCCGAUUCCAAGAAAUUGCAAUAAUUACCUCUCAGGGUUAACUCACCUCUAAUGGCUAUCUACCAGACAGCCUCUAGAGCAGGGUUGUCAAACAUGCGCCUCCCCAGAUGUUGCUGAACUACAACUCCGAUGAUUCCCUGGCUAUCUGUUUCAUUGAAAGAAUCAUGGGAGUUGUAGUUCAGCAACAUCUGGGGGGCCGCAUGUUUGACAACCCUGCUCUAGAGGGACUUCCGGGUGGUUAUGCAAUGUACGCACCAAUAGUGGCAGGAAAACGGCUUUGUUUUCCUGGCACUAUAGUAUCCCUUUAAGUAUCACUGCUCAAUUCUCUGGCGUUUAGGAGUUAAAACAUUAUAUUUAUGCAGCCCUAUUUAUGCAGUUAUAUUUUUACAAUGUGUUUAUUUUACUAGUGCUUUUUCACUGCCCUGUUAAUUGAACUUUAAUCACAUGCAGGAGGUUGCUGCAGGCUUCAGGAAAAAAUAAGAGAGAAAAUACUCCAAAUUCAACACACCGUGGAAUAAGGGAAGUUAAAAAAAAAUUAGACUCCCUUUCCGUAAGUGUCUAGGGCUGUAUAAACAAGGUGAUUUAUCUCCUAAAUGGCAGAGAAUUGAGCAGUGAGACUGCAGGGGCAUGUUCUAGACACCAAAACUGAUUCAUUAAGAUAAAGUUGUUUUGGUGCUUAGCAUGUCCCUUGAAAAAGAACUGUCUGAAAAGGCUGAAGACACUGUAUGAACAAUUCUAUAAAUUAACACUGUGUCCAUGGCAUGCCUUGUAUAAUCUAUUUUGAUUUAUUUUGCCACUAUUUUAUUUUUUUCUUCCGUCAGGCAGCGGUAGUGAUGCAGCAUCCCUGUUAACUUCUGCAAAGAGAGAUGGCGACAAUUACAUCCUUAAUGGUUCGAAGGUAAGGUUUUCACUGGUGUAGUUAUAAGCAUUGCAUGUGAGUGUGCAUUCUACUAUUGACCUCUUCGACGUGUCCUCUCCAGGCGUUUAUCAGCGGUGGUGGAGAAACUGACGUCUAUGUGGUGAUGUGUCGUACGGGAGGCAGUGGUGCACGAGGGAUCUCCUGUCUGGUGGUGGAGAAAGGGACUCCAGGGCUCAGCUUUGGCAAGAAAGAGAGGAAGGUGAGUGUGAAAUAAUAUUUCCAUUUUGUAAAAACGACUCAAAAUAGCUUCUGCUUUAUAAAGAUGUUUUGAGGUGAGGAGUCCCUGGUGCCCGAGGGGGGGGACGGAUUGUAAGGAGGUGGGGGAAAGAGGGGUGUAAUGAGAGACAAAAAGGUGAAUUCACUGGGGUGGGCUGUCUAAUGGCCUGCUUCAUCCAAUCAAACCUCAUUCCUGCUAUUUUGUAUUUAAUUUAUACAAUUUCUUGUCUCUUUGCAGUAAUACAAUCUUGUUUGAUUUCCCUACUGCUUCUGUUUAUGAUUUAUUUGCUGAACAUUGAAUUGUGAUGCAUUUAAGAUCAAAUAGUUGAUUUAGACUAAAUUUGCUAAGUUUGAACAAUUCCCCAACCGAUAUUCACAAUGUGACUUUAUUUGGUUUGGAAUAUUUUGAAUUUGAGUCACCGUAAUUCACGCUUUAGGUAAUAACCCCUUUUGUAUUUGUUACUGCAGGUCGGGUGGAACUCCCAGCCAACACGAGCGGUUAUAUUUGAGGAUUGCGUGGUUCCUGUGACCAAUAGAGUUGGCGAAGAGGGUCAGGGGUUUGGUAUUGCUAUGCAAGGCCUGAAUGGAGGCCGAAUAAAUAUCGGUAAGGUUCAUGGACCAUAAGGCUUGCCCACAGCAUUGAGUAUCCUGCUCCAUUAACUUGCUCUGUCUGUUUUACUGAAUGCAGCAUCCUGUUCACUCGGAGCAGCUCACGCCUCUGUGUUACUUGCCCGAGACCAUCUCUCUGUGAGGAAGCAGUUUGGGGAGCCUUUAGCUAAUAAUCAGGUAACUGCUUAAUUUAUUGUUUUAAAUUUGCCCGCUGGAAUAACAGGCAAGAGCCCACUAUUUUUAAUUAAUUGCUUGUUUUAUAACUCAUGGGUAUGUUAUGUAGAGGAUGCAAUGUAACAGCCUUUAUGAUUUGUUAUAUUGAGGUGUAGAACCUUCUAUCUGAAUAACAAAACACCCCCUCUCCUGUUCAGCAGUUCAAUAAUAAUUGUCUGCCCCGUUACCAAGGCUGAUCGGCAUUGUAUGUGCUGUAAUUCACCAGUUGCCAGUAUUGCCAGUUAAUAUUCUUCAGUAUGAAUGCUGUCUGUUUCGUGCUUAAAAUCCCCUUUUGAGCUAUUUCUCUGCUUUUUUACAGUACCUGCAGUUUGGGCUAGCAGAGAUGGCAACACGUCUGGUCACCGCCCGGCUGAUGAUUCGACAUGCAGCUCAGGCCUUACAGGAUGGACAGUCAGAUGCUGCUACAUUCUGUGCUAUGGCAAAGCUUUAUGCUACCGAGGAGUGCUUUAAGGUAGGCGCUGUCUGUCCAGUUAAUGCUCUACAUCUUCUGUGAAGCUGAAAGAUUUCCAGUACAAGUGUAUAUUGGGUAAUUUGCCAGUCCGUGGUUAGGAGAAUCUCUUUUUAUGACUCCUAAAAUUAAAUUAGCCAAAAUAGUGAACAAAUGGAGUUGCCUCUGUAUUACACAGCCUUGUUACAGUGUUACAUCCAACUCCAUGUGUUUCCUGUUUACAGUUAAAGGGAAACUAUAGUGCCAGGAAAACAAACUCUUUUUCCUGGCACCAUAGCUUCCACCUCUGUCACUUACCUGGGUCAAGUGCCGAUGUCCCUUGGUGCUGGCUCGGGCCCACUAUCUCUCCUCCCCCGACGUCAGCAUUAUUCAAUGCUUUUAAUAUGUGGUUUUGGACGACACUGGAUGUCCCGAGCAUAGCAGAGGCGUUAACCCUAGCAGGUAAUCAUAGAAACAUAGAAUGUGACGGCAGAUAAGAACCAUUUGGCCCAUCUAGUCUGCCCAAUUUUCUAAAUACUUUUAUUAGUCCCUGGCCUUAUCUUAUAGCUAGGAUAGCCUUAUGCCUAUCCCACGCAUGCUUAAACUCCUUCACUGUGUUAACCUCUACAACUUCAGCUGGAAGGAUAUCAAAAACUGCAGUAAUUAGCUGCUCAGGGUUGAGAGACCUGGGGCAAUGAGCUGAAGUGGUCUGGGUGCCUAUAGUGUCCCUUUAAUUAGUUUAAAAGAAUAAUCCUUUUGUCUUAGAUUUUGCCUUUUAGCUGAAAGCAGCAAAGGACAUUGAUAGUGUAAUAUUCCACUUGACCAUUCUAUUGGUGCUAAAAAACUCUAGUGUUUAACCCCUUCGUGACCACGGACAUACCUGGUACAUCCAACAAAAAAUGGUCGUUAACGGCAAAUGUGAGCGCUGGAAGCGAUCGUGAUUGCUUCCAGCCGCUCUAAGGGUAUUGCAGCGAUGCCUCGAUGUCGCGGCAUCCUGCAAUACACCUUUUGACUGCCACCGCUGAGAAAAAAAUUUAAUUAAAUAAAUGUUCUGGAUCUGUAAAAUAAAAAAAUGUUCAUAAAUCAAAAUGUAAUUAUAUAUAUAUUUACAUUUUGAUUUAUGAACACUUUUUAAUUUAUAUAUAUAUAUCAAAAUGCACUUAUUAUAUAUAUUAAUAAAAUAGGAAAUAAGUAUAUAUCCAUAUAUAUAUAUAUAUAAUUACAUAAAUAAUUUCAUAAAUGUACACAUAGACUUCGAACAUAUAUGUAUAUAUAUAUUUAAAUUCAACAUGCAUAUUUAUGUAAUAUUUUUACAUAAUUAAGUAAUUUAUUAAUUACAAUUUGCAGGACCUGCCUGACAACCCAGGCAGAAAAUCCAGAUAAUUUAAUUUGCUAGCACUAUAUUUAACCCUGUAACUCUCCAAGACACAAUAAAACUUGUACAUGGGGGAUACUGUUUUCUCGAUGAACUUCGCUGAACACUAAUAUUAGUGUUUUUUAAAACCGUAAAACAUAUCACAGUGAAGAUAUUGUCGGUGAAAGUGAUGUUUUUCACACAUAUAUGACACUUUCACUGAUGAUAUAAUUGUUGUGAUACGUUUUACUGUUUUGAAACACCAAUAUUUGUGUUCAGCGAAGUCUCCCGAGUAUAACAGUACCCUCAUGUACAGGUUUUAAAGUGUUUUUGAAAAUUACCGGCUCAAAUAUAAGGCUUGAUUUUAUGUUAUGGUAGCCCAGGAAUUAAAAUUACCCUAAUGAUGGCAUACCAUUUGCAAAAGAAGACAACCUAAGGUAUUGCAAAUGGGGUAUGUUCAUUCUUUUUUAGUAGCCACUUAGUCACAAACACUGGCCAAAGUUAGCGUUCAUAAUUGUUUUUUGCAUUUUUAACACACAAACAAAUAUAAAUGCUAACUUUGGCCAGUGUUUGUGAUUAAGUGGCUACUACAAAAGACUGGACAUACCCCAUAUUGAACACCCUGGGUGGUCUACUUUAAAAAAAAAAAUGUACAUGUGGGGUGUGAUUCACAGAUUUAUGACAGAUAACAGUGUCACUAUUGAUACAUUUAAAAAAUAUAAAUUUUGUAACAGCAAUGUCCUACUUGUACUUAGAGCCCUCUAACUUUCCAAGCUAAGACCAUGCUAACAUUGAGUAUUUCUAAACUCAGGACAAAAUUUUGAAACUAUUUACCAUGGGUGUUUUUUGGCGGUUGUAGAUGCAUAACAGAUUUUGGGGGUCAAAGUUAGAAAAAAAUUUUUUUUUUUUUUUUUUUUGUAAUUCAUCAUAUUAUAUAAAAAAAAUUUAUAGUAAAUUACAUGAUUUGAUGAAAAUAAUGGUAUUUUUAGAAAGCCCACUCAAUGGCGAGAAAAGCGGUAUAUAAUAUGUGUGGGUACAGGAAAAUUAUAGCUAAACACAAACACCGUGGAAAUGUAAAAACAGCCCUGGUCCUUAAUGUUAAUAAAAUUGAAAAACGGUCUGGUCACUAAGGGGUUAAAGGGACAUUGUAGGCAUUAUAACCAUUUCAUCUCAUUGACUUGGUUAUUGUGUCUGAAGAGCCCAGGCACUGUCCUUCCAUUUAAUGUUUAACUAUUUUCUCUUUUUUUGGGGGGGGGGGUUUGUUUUUUUAUAAUUCUUUAUUUUUGUUGCGCAUGUAAACACACAUAGAAGUUUGUGGUGCCACAACAGCGUAGGCAAGCGCUGCAUUGUCAUAUAUAGUAAAAACAUGAGCAUGGCAUGUAAACAGUAGCACAAUGUUAAACGUAGAUGGUAUAUAGUUGAGAUAAAGGUAGCAUUGCACAUGUAUAUUCUUAUCGCCUAUCAGUGAUAUGUAAUCAGGCUUAGCCUCUGGUCAAGCAUGUUAAGAGUAGUUCUAGGGCCAUAUUGCUCAGGACAUAUAUACGUUUAAGCAACUCUUCAGAGGCUGUUGUUAAGAUAAGCUGCAUAAGGUAAUUGGUACUAGCAAAGUAGAUUGGGGGUCUAGUGUCUGUCACAUCAAACGCAUAACAAAGACAAGAAUACAUGUUAGUUAUAAAGCCAAAAAGGAAAUUGGAAGAACAUAGAAAAAGAUCCCUGGGCAUAAUUGGGUCAUGUUGAUGCCCCAUGAGGUUGUGAUUGGCCAGUCAUUCCCUGUUCAGUCCAAGGAAACACUGUGUUUGGGUUUCUAUAUUUAACAACGACCGAGCGAGUUACAGGAGCGGCUUAGUAACUCUACUUCCUCGGUUGCAUGGGAAUUGACUCAGGGGUAGGUGACGUGCACCUUACUUAUGUCUUGGGAAGAGGUGGGCAGGUGUCCUGUGCACAGCGUUACUGGGGACUCCCCCUUGUAGUGAGGCAUCAGUGCCAAUUGUGUUGUAUGGUGUUAUAAGAGCGAGGGUGUCUCUGAAUUUGGUUACUUACUUGCCCUCCAGCACUAAUAUGUGGUGUAGGGUAUGGUACCCCUGUCAGUGUCUCAGGUUAGUCUAGGGGAAAACCAGUUGUGCUAGGGCAUAGGCAUGAUAACAGGGGUAUAGAAUAGCCCAUUCAGGUGAGCCAAGGGUGCCGAGUAGUGCCCAUGGGGAUAGGUAAAUCACAGCUGUGGCCUGUUUGUUUUGUGACAGAGCUGAUUAAUGACCCCUAACCAAAGGGGCCACUGAGGGGGAGGGGAGAGUGUAUGAUACUUUCAGUUAGGCAAUCAAGCCAUUCACUAGAGUAAGCAUUGGUUAACUAAAACAUAUUAAAAACGGUAAAAGGAACAGAAAAACAUAACAUAGUGACACGCCCAUGCACUCAUCGUAAGAGUAGUUCAGGUAGCUGGUCUCGGGCUAUCUUUCGUUCGGAGAGUGAAAGGGAAAGUCUUUGAGGGGUCCCAAGGGUCCGAAGUGGUCGGGAUCUCUGGAGGCUCGGGUCUCUCUGGGAGCCCUAGGGCUCGAAGGAAUGGAUCUGCUUCGGAUGGUGGGUGGUUAUUACAGAUUGGUAGUGUCCAUCUGUAGUCUAUUCCUGCAUCUCUGAGCCGGCGUGUUACCGGUCUCGGUGAUUGUCCUCCGUGAUUGUCUCCACAGUAGGGUACUUUGUGUUGGGUCUUGAAAGAAUAGGAGCUCUGAUGAUGUGGAUGUCUUGCUAGGGAAAGUUGGUUUGCAUUAAAGAGACAACUCAAAAGUAUGCUGUUAUAUCGCCAGGAGGCCCUCUGGAGCACUCUUACCUCGAGGGGUUAAACCUUCCCCCAUCACCCAGCGGCCAACAGCUUCUGAAAUUUCCCUUUCAGAAAGUGUAGAGUGCCGCCAGGUUGGUGCAUUGCUGAUUGGCGAAGAGAGGUGCUGGCAGCUAUUUUGGUUUUGUUUUACCUGAGAAGUCAUUGUUUGUUCUUGAUGUCGUUCCUGACCAGGUCUGUAAUAUUCCACUGCUUUACGUAGGUGUGUAAUCAAGCCCUGCAGAUGCAUGGAGGGUAUGGAUACCUUAAAGACUAUGCCGUGCAGCAGUAUGUCCGCGAUAUUCGUGUUCAUCAGAUCUUAGAAGGUGAGUGUGACUGGCUACAUAUUUUUAAAUAUAUAAAGGGAAUCAACACAGUAAAGGAGGAGACUAUAUUUAAAAGAAGAAAAACUACCAUAACAAGAGGACAUAGUCUUAAAUUAGAGGGACAAAGGUUUAAAAAUAAUAUCAGGAAGUAUUACUUUACUGAGAGGGUAGUGGAUGCAUGGAAUAGCCUUCCAGCUGAAGUGGUAGAGGUUAACACAGUAAAGGAGUUUAAGCAUGCGUGGGAUAGGCAUAAGGCUAUCCUAACUAUAAGAUAAGGCUAGGGACUAAUGAAAGUAUUUCGAAAAUUGGGCAGACUAGAUGGGCCGAAUGGUUCUUAUCUGCCGUCACAUUCUAUGUUUCUACAGACACCAUGAAUCAAGUUAAACAUGCGCACACUUUAUCACACAGAGCCUUCUCAGUGGUCUAGUGUCUGGGGCUAUAUACGAGAUCUCAUAAAAACAUUCAGACAUUCGAGACGAUCAGUCAAUUUGUAGAGGUAAUAAGCCAUCCGCUGAAAGGUUGCCAUGCUGGAAAAAAAGAUGCCUUUCUACUAUAGAUACUGAUUAUCCAUUGAAAUGUAAUUUUAGAAAUCGACACUAAUUGUAAAGCAUCAGUUAAUGACGAGCCAACACUGAAUACAAAUCUAACUUCUCGAUGGAGACAUUGUAGCAUAGUUGGGGUAUCCCUUUCUGUAAAUGUGUAUUCAUAAACAAAACUAUAUUUAUUUAUUUUUUUCAUAGGAACCAAUGAGGUAAUGCGCAUGAUAGUAGCCAGAAGCCUCUUGCAAGGGUGAAAUCCGUGCUCUGAUUGCAGGAGCUGUUCUGUCUGCCAGGAAGGCGAAUGUGUACAAAAUGUCUCCUGGAGCAUUGCUGUGUGAAACCAUUUAUGGAUUUGUUGUACAGAAACACUAAGGGGUCUACCCGCUAAACAGUGGAAGGUGCUAACUUUGAAAUUUCAAAAUUACAGACAAGUUGGCAACAUGAACUCCAUUUCUGAACGUUCUAUUCAAUUCACUCUCAGGGGAUAUUUGUCUUUAGCCAAUCUUACUUUUGUUCUCGUGGUAUCGGGUCAUUAAUGUGAGUGUGCGCUUUGUUGUGUUUUGGUGUUUUUUCUCCCUUUUUAUUUCAGAAUCAAUUUCUUAUUCCUCAUCUGAUGUAAUAUUAAGUAUUAAAAUGUCUUUGAUUCUCCAUUUUUUAUUUCAAUUGUUUGACCUUAUUUGCCAAUGAAAGAAAAGUUAAGGACUCAGCGCUUAUUUUUUCCAAUAGAAAGAUAUAUAUCAAGUAAUAAUUAGCUGCUAAACAUUCUAAUGACUCCUUCAAUGUCACCAAUAAAUUUAAACAGUAGAAAGGAAAAGAAUUUCCUUACAGAAUGUAGCGCUUGUAUACUAAAUAAUAUGCUAUCACCUUUUAGUAAUUAGGCGAGAUAUGAUUUUUCCUCCUUUUUCAGGUGUCCAGUAAAUGGUUAAUCUACAAAAGACAAUCAUACAUAGUGCAGAUAGUAUAUAACUGUGCAAUUAUGUAUCUAUUCAUAUAUGGUGUUAUUCACUCACAAACAGAGAGCUGUGGACCCAGCUCUAGUUGAAAUCACUUUCGGGUCCGUCUAGGCGACCCACCCCUGUUUAGGAUAUAUGUCUUGUCCUACAGGAAAAUAGAUAAACCGGAGAUAGCGUAGUACAGUCUAUGUAAAUUAGAAUAAAAGUGUUGAUCCCAAGUGGGUACUUACAGACCAGGAGUCUAAAUUGACUCAGUUCUUGAAUUAUGUGCAGAUUAAGGGACUGCACUCCCAGAUGUAAAUGGAUAGAUGGAGAACCAAAUAAAAAGAGAAUUAAUUUAUUAACACAGUAUAUAAAAUACAAAUAAAAUCGGAACAAUGUCCAAAUAAAAAAGCCAAUGAGCCUAGAUUUAAUAGCAAAUGGAACCAUCGUAUGACCACUGCCUCCAUUUAAUAUUUUUUAGUAAACUUUUCAAGUACCCCCCUACCCCCACCCAAUAUAAAUAUAUAAAAAUGUGAGAUAAAUAUAUUCAGCUGCUGAGGUUAGAAUCCCCCUCACUAUCUGCCUAUGGGUGUGCAAUUUAGAAUCUUAACAUGAGAAGUUACAAACUAACUUUAUACUUAAUGAUUUUAUACUGUCACGUAGCACGUUAAGUGGCUGUAAUCAAGGCAUUGUGGGAAAUGGAUAAAGGAUAUAACCUUAUUGUAUAUUUAUAUAGAAUAAGUUAUGAAACUGGGCUGUCACAAUGAGGUCAUGGGAUAUACAGUAAUGCACUGUAGGACUCCUAGGAUAUAUUAAAAUUGUGAAAUAGUGUGUAUAUGAGAGAAUGGGAUAUUGGAGUAUCUCCUUGCUAUAAUCAUAAAGCUCUACAGAAUAUGUUGGCGAUAUAUCAAUGCUAAUCAUAAUAAUUUUUAAAUUUUAUGUAUAAAUGUUGUGAAGGAUAUAAAAUUGGGUAUACUAUUAUUUUUUUCCUCAGAAUAAAUCUUAGAUAUAAAUGAUGCCAGAUGCCUAAGUGUGACGCAUGGCACGAUAUCAUGUAGGUUUCUAUCUCCUUGUGGUUUACAUAGGUAUGUUUGCCAUGUAAAUACCUGCGCUGUUUACUGUUCUCUUCUUAUGACUAGGGCAUCAUACCAUCAGCUGCUCGAUCAUGUGCUGUCAUUUAAAAUAUUUAACUCUAGACAUAUUCUUCAACUGCUUGCCGUUCAACAAAUCAGAAUAUGUCUAGAUUUUAAUAAAGUAUAUUUAAAAAAUAAAAAUAAAAAAUGUUUAUUGUUUUACACAUGAAUAAUAUUUAACACCGCAAUAAAUAAAUUAAACGGAUUAUGGAAACUGACUAGUUCUGGUGAUAGACUAUUCAAUGUAUCUAUAUGUUUUUUGGUUUGUUUUUUUGUACAUUUAUUUAUUUAUAGAGUCAGACUUGAGUGUUGCUACAGCCUUAAAAUGAUUGGUACUAAUAUCGCCAACGAUGGUGUCACUUCUAAUCAUGCCCGACUCACCUACCUGAGAAUAAGACACGCUAUAAGCACAGGAUGGUGUGAUGUUAGACUAGCCCGCCACCCACCUACCUAAUUAGAAACAACAAUCACCAAUCAUACUGCACAACCACAACUGACCCACACAAGAAAAAGUAAAAGAGGCUAAAGUUGAAGGCUUAUACCAAGGUUAUACUACUAUGUUCAAUCUCAACUUACAAUGUGAAUCCUAGAUGUUUGUUAACUUGCUUCAAUAAAACAAAGAUUGACACAAAUAAA